AAAUGCGGGGAACUUUUAGAUUCAAAUUCUUGGAUGAACCUCACCGGGCAUCAUCAAAUCAUGGGAAUUAUAUCUAGGAGCUUUCCCUCGAUAUCAUUGCUAUACAGAAUUAUCUCUCCCUACCUACCUAGCCUUCUCGCUGACUACAACUAGAUGCACGAAUGAUCUGAAUCCUUGCGCGGUUACAUACCAAAACAAGGUUUGUGUCCGCAGCCAAAAGCCACAGGGAGGAAAUCAAAAGCAAUAAAAUGACAGGCAAAUCCAUGGCACAAAAUAAACAAAACAAGGGAGAUGAUUGAGAGCUUAUCGUUGCUCGUUGCCUAUUUGCUUCCAUAUUCUCCCUUUCUUUCUGAAGAGUCUAUCUCUAUUUCUACCCAAUAUCUGUCUGACAGUCGCAGGAACUUCUCGCAAUCAUCUCAAAGUGGAAAUGUCCUCCAGAAAGAAAAGACAAUCUCUUGCUGAGGCACCAUACCGGCCUCACUAUAGCUCUACGAGCCUUCCAAGUACUUCUCGUCGCAGCUCACGACGUAGCACAUUGUUGAUACCUAAAUCUCCAAGCAUCGCUGUGGAUGAGACUGAUAUUAACAAAUCGCCUCAUGAUUUCGAUAAGACUAUUACAACUCUAAAAUCAGCAGCAGAAUCUGUAACGGUUCGAGUUUGGCAAGAGACAGCAGACGAACAAGCACGGGCGAUUCAAGCUAUGAGGUCUACAAUUGAUAUCAAAGAUUCACGAAUUCAAAAGAUGAAUCGAAAGAUUGGGAGACGAGAUAAGACUAUAUGCAAAUUGAUGAGACAAUUGGACCGCACCAAAACAGCACUUUCAAAAGCAGCCUGGCCGAAGUUUGAAGCAACGAUGGGCAUGGGAAUCGAGGAUGACGAGAGAAUAAGCAUGUUGAGGAGCAAAACACUGGCUUCAGCAAAUGGGCUUUGCACAGAAUGCGGAGAGAACUGUUCUCGUUUAGUCAAAUAGAAUCAACAAUUGAGAGAUCGAUUAUAUGAGGUUGAUGGGUUAUGUAUCAGACUCAGAAAUGAGUGUAGCAAGUUGGAUAUCAAAAUUAAGGGACUCGAGAGGACUUGAGGUAAGACGGAGGAACAGCAAGAGUGUGUGUUUGAGUACUUGUGUUUGAAUACCGGUCAGAUAUAAACACAAUUUAGGUAUUGAAGCUAGGUAUCAAUUAAUCCCUUCAAACAAGAUAUACCGUCUGAAAUGGUUGUUUUCGUCUGAGGUUAUCUCGUUGU